GAGCCUACGGGCAGGCGCCCAGCGGCUGGGCCGGGUAGAACGGAGGGCGGAACGCAGCUGUGGGGUUGGGGCUGUUGCAGUGUCGGCCGGAGCGGUUUGGGAAGUGCACGGGGCGAAGAUGGCGGCGGAGCGGCAGGACGCGCUGAGAGAGUUCGUGGCGGUGACGGGCGCUGAGGAGGACCGGGCCCGUUUCUUCUUGGAGUCAGCCGGCUGGGACCUGCAGAUUGCACUAGCAAGCUUUUAUGAGGAUGGAGGGGAUGAAGACAUUGUGACCAUUUCACAGGCAACCCCAAGUUCAGUGUCCAGAGGCACAGCUCCCAGUGAUAAUAGGGUGACGUCCUUCAGAGACCUUAUUCAUGACCAAGAUGAGGAGGAGGAGGAAGAGGAGGGGCAGAGGAGCAGGUUUUAUGCUGGGGGCUCAGAGAGAAGUGGACAGCAGAUUGUUGGCCCUCCCCGGAAGAAAAGUCCCAACGAGCUGGUGGAUGAUCUCUUUAAGGGUGCCAAAGAGCAUGGGGCUGUAGCUGUGGAGCGAGUGACCAAGAGCCCUGGAGAGACCAGUAAACCGAGACCGUUUGCAGGAGGGGGUUACCGCCUUGGAGCAGCACCAGAGGAAGAGUCUGCCUAUGUGGCAGGAGAAAGGAGGCGACAUUCGGGCCAAGAUGUCCAUGUAGUGCUAAAGCUCUGGAAAACUGGAUUCAGCCUUGACAAUGGUGAACUCAGAAGCUACCAAGACCCAUCCAAUGCCCAGUUUCUGGAGUCUAUCCGUAGAGGGGAGGUGCCUGCAGAGCUGCGGAGGUUAGCUCACGGCGGGCAGGUGAACUUGGAUAUGGAGGACCAUCGGGAUGAGGACUUCGUGAAGCCCAAGGGAGCUUUCAAAGCCUUCACUGGCGAGGGCCAGAAACUGGGCAGCACGGCCCCCCAGGUAUUGAACACCAGUUCUCCAGCCCAGCAAGCAGAAAAUGAAGCCAAAGCCAGCUCCUCCAUCUUAAUCAAUGAGGCAGAACCUACUACAAACAUCCAAAUCCGCCUUGCAGAUGGUGGGAGGCUGGUGCAGAAAUUCAACCACAGCCACAGGAUCAGCGACAUCCGGCUCUUCAUCGUGGAUGCCCGGCCAGCCAUGGCUGCCACCAGCUUUGUCCUUAUGACUACCUUUCCUAACAAAGAGCUGGCUGAUGAGAACCAGACCCUGAAGGAAGCCAACCUUCUCAACGCUGUCAUCGUGCAGCGGUUAACAUAACCGCCCAGCUGCUGCCUCACCUUCCUAUGUGUCUCCCAUGACUGCAGCCAUGCCCAUGGGGAUCACCUUCCUGCCCCUGUAUACACCCAGCCCUUCCAGUGCCACGUCUCAUGUGUAGCUCUGGGCUCUUAGACUUCAGUUGGACAUAUGUUUUCUCUUUAGUUGUAUUUCCUGGGUUUUUGUGGUGAUCAAUGGACUUUAAAGAAAAAAAAAUAAAAACAACCAAAAAAGUUGAAGGAAUACCACCAAUCCUGUUGUACAGAAACUCUCCCACUGGAACUAUAUUUGAUUGUUAGAAAAUCUUAUCUUGAAGCAUGGUAAGGGGACUGUGCAUUUAUCCUCUGCAUAAAGUCACUGUGGCA